UAUGGUGACAGUGGCAGAGAUUGGAGUGAUGCAUCUACAAGCCAAGGAACACCAAGCAUUGCUGACAACCCCAGAAGCUGGGAUAGAGGCAAGGACGGCCCUUCGUCCCUUAGGCCUUCACAGGGACCGUGGGCCUGCCAGAGGGGUGACACCAAGACAUCGGUGAAGACUGAGGAAGCAGCAGCCCAGGCCCUUGUCCCUGAGCAGUGGCCAUAUCUGCGUUUGGCUCAAAGGAACCUCUGCGGGGACUCGGCCUCGGAGAAGGUCACAAGCCUCAGUCAGAUGACUGAAGGGGUUGUAACUAAAGAUGGAUUGUUUAAUACAAAGCAAGAAACAUGUGAAGAGAUGGACCGAGGUGCCAAGGCCUUGGGAGUCUGCAGCAGAGAUUGUGAGGUCCCUUGUACUCCUGUCCCUACUGAAAGAACAGUUGCACAUUCGAACACUCUGAAGGACCAUCACCCGAGUGACUUGUGGGCCCGGAUGCACAUCUCAUCCUUGGAAUAUGCAGCAGGAGACAUCACCCGAAAAGGGAGAAAAAAAGACAAAGCUCGAGUGAGUGAACUGCUCCAAGGCCUUGCAUUUUCUGGGGACUCAGACGUAGAAGAAGACAAUGAGCCAGAGACCCAGCCUGCUCCCAAAAGGCCAAAGGCGUCAAUUGUCUCAGAGAAGAAGUGGACCAGGAGAGACAUUAAACCCAACUUCCCGAGCUGGUCAGUACUGGAUUAUGGACUUUUGAACCUCAAGAGUGAAAAGUUGAACCCAGUAGAGCUCUUUGAAUUAUUUUUUGAUGAUGAAACAUUCAGCUUGAUUGUCAGUGAAACCAAUAAUUAUGCUUCUCAGAAAAAUGUCAACUUGGAAGUCACGGUUCAGGAAAUGAGGUGUGUGUUUGGUGUCCUGCUUUUGAGUGGAAUCGUGAGGCGUCCCAGAAGGGGAAUGUAUUGGGAAAUCCCUGAUGCCGAUCAGAACCAGGUUAGAGAUGCAAUUAGAAGAGACAGAUUCGAAUCGAUUUUCUCAUACCUGCAUUUUGCUGAUAAUAGCCACCUAGAUCCAAAAGAUAAGUUUACAAAAUUGAGGCCUCUCAUAAAGCAAAUGAAUAAGAAUUUCCUCCUGUAUGCUCCCCUGGAAGAAUACUAUUGUUUUGAUAAAACUAUGUGUGAAUGCUUUGAUAGUGACCAGUUCCUGAAUGGGAACCCUAUUAGAAUUGGCUAUAAAAUCUGGUGUGGUACGACCACACAGGGUUAUCUGGUUUGGUUUGAGCCCUAUCAAGAAGAAUUAACUAUGGUGGCAGAUAAGGAUCUUGAACUUGGUUUAGGUGGAAAUCUAGUGAUGAAUUUUGCCGAUGUUCUUCUGGAGAGAGGUCAGUAUCCCUAUUACCUGUGUUUUGGUAGCUUUUUUACAAGUGUCAAAUUGGUGUCAGCCUUGAAGAAGAAAGGUGUGAGGGCAACAGGGACAAUUCGUGAGAACAGGACUGAAAAAUGUCCCCUUAUGAAUGCAGAACAUAUGAAAAAAAUGAAGAAGGGGUAUUUUGAUUUCCGAGUGGAAGAAAAUGAUGAGAUAAUUUUGUGUCGUUGGCGUGGUGAUGGCAUUAUCAGUCUGUGCUCCAAUGCUGUUGGCAUAGAGCCAGUCAGUGAGAUAAGUUGUUCUGCUGAUGACGAGGAGAUCUUUCUGAUAAGUCAGCCAUCGAUAGUGAAAUUGUAUGAUGAAUGCAGGGAAGGUGUAGCGAAAAUGGAUGAAAUCAUUUCCAAAUACAGGGUGAGAAUAAGAAGCAAGAAAUGGUACUCAGUUUUGGUGAGCUACAUGAUUGAUGGGGCCAUGAACAAUGCAUGGCAGCUUCACAGAGCCUGUAACCCAGGUGCCUCCUUAGACCUCUUGGAUUUUCGGAGAUACGUCGCACGUUUCUACUUAGAGCGUAAUGCUAAUCUUUCAGAUUAAGGCAGGUGAAAUGGAAACAGUGCAGACAUUUGCAGGACAGAAAAAUCACAGCCGCAUAUCAGUAUGUCCUCUCCCAAAGCAAAUCCGAUGUAUGUAGUGAACUUAAGUAAUAUUUUAUAAAUCAGACAUUUGUGUAGAUUUUCAAAGACUAUUAUGACAAAUUGAAAAAUAUCUUUAAAAAUGUUGAACUCCAGUGGUACCUCUUCCUGUGUCUAAUUUUGGUGUCACAUGUGGGCAA